ACGAGUGGAGUUAUUUUUUAAGUUUUCCUAACUCUGCAAUGCUGUUAUAUUACAUCCAUAACUUCAAACGAAGUGCCACACGGCCGCAGUCCCAAUCAAUUCAAAGACACAAGUGCUGGGGACAUCCUCCUCCCGCCCGGCCAGCGGACCCCGGCCCCGCCUCCUUGACCGGCUCGGGUCCCGCCCCGAGACAUUCCCAGGCCCAGUCCCCAGGCGCGCAGAGAACCAAUCACCAUCCGUUUUCACGCUCAGUCCUUUUUGGCUUCUGCCCUCAACCAAAAUGGCGCUAGCCCGGAUGUUGCCGAGGCUCUAGGAGUUGCCGAAGCAAGUCCGGAAGCCACCGAGCGAGUCCGGAAGUUGCCGAAAGGGAGCAGCGGCGAAGGAGGAUGGCGGAUAUCAUCGCAAGACUCCGGGAGGACGGGAUCCAAAAACGUGUGAUACAGGAAGGCCGAGGAGACCUCCCCGACUUUCAGGAUGGGACCAAGGCCACGUUCCACUACCGGACGCUGCACAGUGAUGACGAGGGCACCGUUCUGGAUGACAGCCGGGCGCGAGGCAAGCCCAUGGAGCUCAUCAUUGGCAAGAAGUUCAAGCUGCCCGUGUGGGAGACCAUCGUGUGCACCAUGCGUGAGGGGGAGAUUGCCCAGUUCCUCUGUGACGUCAAGCAUGUGGUCCUGUACCCGCUGGUGGCCAAGAGUCUCCGAAACAUCGCGGCAGGCAAGGACCCCCUGGAGGGCCAGCGGCACUGCUGUGGCGUCGCGCAGAUGCAAGAGCACAGCUCCCUGGGUCACGCCGACCUGGACGCCCUGCAGCAGAACCCCCAGCCCCUCAUCUUCCACAUGGAGAUGCUGAAGGUGGAGAGCCCUGGCACAUACCAGCAGGACCCAUGGGCCAUGACGGAUGAAGAAAAGGCAAAGGCAGUGCCGCUUAUCCACCAGGAGGGCAACCGGUUGUACCGUGAGGGACACGUGAAGGAGGCUGCCGCCAAGUACUACGAUGCCAUUGCCUGCCUCAAGAACCUGCAGAUGAAGGAACAGCCCGGGUCCUCUGACUGGAUCCAGCUGGACCAGCAGAUCACGCCGCUGCUGCUCAACUACUGCCAGUGCAAGCUGGUGGCCAAGGAGUACUACGAGGUGCUGGACCACUGCUCCUCCAUUCUCAACAAGUAUGACGACAACGUCAAGGCCUACUUCAAGCGGGGCAAGGCCCACGCGGCCGUGUGGAACGCCCGGGAGGCCCAGGCUGACUUUGCCAAAGUGCUGGAGCUGGACCCGGCCCUGGCGCCCGUUGUGAGCCGAGAGCUGCGGGCCCUGGAGGCUCGGGUCCGGCAGAAGGACGAAGAGGACAAGGCCCGCUUCCGGGGCAUCUUCUCUCAUUGACAGGAGCGCUCGGCCCCACCUCACCUGCCAAGCCGCAGCUACCGCUGCCAGCCCUCCUGCUCCCGCUCCGUCUUGCUUCUGUGUAUAUAAAAACCUUUAUUUAUCUCUC